GCUCCCCAAUUAACAGAUGAUGAAAAACAAGUGUAUUCUCUGAGGCGGUUGCGAAAGCUAUAUGGAAAUUAUGGCUCUGCCAGUGAUGUCAAUGUUGGGUUACUAUGGCCCAGUAAGCAGGAGAUGGAACUACAGAAGGAAAAGGAAAGAGUGACAUAUCCUGAUGAUAUUUAUCGAAUGAUUGAGAUUGACAAGCUACAACGGAAGGAGGAGGAGGUUAAAAUACAGAAAAGACAGCAGGAGCUUGCUCUAAAAGUAACUAAACUAGAGGAUUGGAAAAGAGAAGUAAGAGAGCGUUAUCAAAAUAAAUUGAGGCUAGCUCAGGAGGCAAAAGCAAAAAAGGAAAAGGUAAUAGAAGAAAUACGGCAGAUGUUUGGCUACCGAAUUGAUCCUAAAGAUGACAAAUUCAAGGAAGCUCUUGAAAAGAAGGAACAAGAAGAAAAGAAGGCAGCUAAAGCUGCCAAAAAAUUAAAGAAACAGCAAAAACUGAUUGCUGAGAUCCAUAAGAUGGCUGGUGAAGGGAAUGCAAGGAUAGAGGGGGACAAUGCCAAUAGUAAGGAAGGAGGUGUUGAAACGGCUCCUAGUACGCAGACUCUUUCGGAAACCAAAUCAUAAGCUGAUUAUUGGACAUGCUACCAAGAUCAUUGUAAAAGAUACCUUCUCCAUUACUAGUGAGUUAUACUUGUACAGUUUCAUAAUAAAAUCUGGUUUACCA